CAGGAAGUCCAGUUUCCAGGCUCUGUAACGUUUCGACAGUGGUGAGGAUCCGGAGAAAGUAGAGUGUAGGCUGCAGAGACGGUGCAUACAUAGCGGGAUCCAGGGACCUGGUUAUUUUCGGCCCGGUGGCUGGCUUUUGCGGUUGCGUACGUCUCUGCGAGGUAACCCGAAAUCUGGAGCUGAAACCGGGGGGGAGACGAGAACGGAACCGUCUGGAAUGAAAGCGGAAUAAGCUCAUACCUACAAAAACGGGAGUGGCAUCGCAAACGAGGAGUAGGAGGAAAACCCUAACCUGACGACCCAGUAACACGGAUACAGGAAAGCUGCAGAGGAGGAGGACGAGGAAGUAAAGGGAGAAAAGUAACACGAGAGAGACCCAUUAGCACUAGGGUAUGGCAGAUGACCUGGACUUCCAGACAGGUGAUGCCGGGGCAUCCGCCACCUACCCCAUGCAGUGCUCUGCCCUGCGUAAAAAUGGCUUUGUGAUGCUGAAAAGUCGACCCUGCAAGAUUGUUGAGAUGUCCACCUCCAAGACUGGCAAGCACGGCCAUGCUAAGGUGCACUUGGUUGGUAUUGACAUCUUCUCCGGUAAAAAGUUUGAGGAUAUUUGUCCCUCCACCCACAACAUGGACGUGCCCAACAUCAAGAGAAUGGAAUUCCAGCUGAUUGGGAUCCAAGAAGGCUACCUGUCCCUGCUCGAAGACAAUGGCAGCGUGAGGGAGGACCUGAAGAUUCCAGAGGGAGACCUGGGCAAAGAGAUAGUGCUCAAGUACGAAGCCGGAGAGGAGAUGAUGAUCACCGUUCUAAGCGCGCUCAAUGAAGAAGCUGCAAUUGGCAUCAAAGGCAUGACGAAAUAAGCCACUGCAGGUAAAUACAGAGCCACAGCUGCUGGGACAAGCUGUCCUUUCACCCUCCAGCUACCGCCUGACCCAAGCCUGCCUCAAGAGCAGUGUGCGUUCUGUACAAUUAUGUAUUUCACCACAAGCCGCCAGCAUGUGCCAUGCCAGUGCAAGUGUGUGUGAUGUCAUGUACAGUUUAUUGUUCAUCAGUGGGGAAGGGGGAGGCAACUCCAGUCAACACAACAAGGAGGAGGUUUGAUGUUUAAUUUGACCUUUUACAGAGAAAACAUGCCAUUUUAAAAGGUUAUUUACAUUAAUGCAUAUUCACUGUACUGGAAAGAAUCAUAUUUUUACAUAUUACUCAUUUGUUUAACAUAUAUUUGUGUGAACUGGAUUUCAGUGAUUUGUGAUUGAUCUCAUUCAAUGAGUGUAUUCAAAUUUUUAAGUUUUUAUGAAGAGCUGGUUGCUGAGGAGUGUGUUACUGUGGGCUUGCCUACCCCUUAGUGUUCUUUUUGUUUCAUGUUAACACUAUUAAGAGCAUGUGUAUCAUUUAUAUGUAGCACUAUCAGAAAUAAAUGAAAGCCUGUGGUUCAUAUUGUUUUUGUUGGAACAUUGUUGUGUUUUUCCUGUGGUUUGCACUUCAUUUUACAGCCAGUGGUUUCCUGCAUUUCCUAUUAAGAAACAGUUUUGUUGUGACUGUUGGGUCAAAGCGAUUUUCUGCGACUUUUGUUUCCUGCAUUUCAAACUGUGGGCUGUAGAAUAAAGUGUCCGCAGACAAUAUGUUGGCUGUGCAGACGCUGGUUAAAAUGCUUAAUCUCUAAUUAAAAAAAUGUUUCUCUUGUUUAUUUUUCUUCUCAAACAUCUUCCUUCUCUGGUUUCUGACUUUUCUUUCCUCUUUUUUUUUUUCUUGAUCCUCCCCUUUCAGUUGUGUUUCAGGGGCAAACAAGAUGCACUGGACCUGGGAAAAAGGAGGGGAUAUUGCCUCGUCAAUGAUAUUCUCCCUCUUUUUUUCUUUUUCACACUUACUCGCUCUGUCCCUCACCCUGUUUUCUGACCCUCCUGCGGGUUCACUUAGAGAAGAACUUUAAUAAAGAAUUGGAAAUGUCAAAUGGUAGAAAAAUAUUCUCUAUGUAUGUGCACACAUAAUAAAACCACAUCUGAAUCUGGACAUAUAGACGAAAUAACGAGCGAGUAGGA